AUGGAUGAAAUGUUUCAUCAUACUAUGGUCAAUUCAAUGAUACCAUGGAGUGAUUUACAAGCUAUUAUCGAAUAUAAACAUCAGAUGAAAGUAAUUCAAUUGAAUUUACAACGUUGGACACGAUAUUAUGAAGUCGGUGUUGAAA